AUGAAGGAGUCUGCAAAGGACAUCCAAGAGCAUCCUCCUGCAGGGAUGGGAGAAACUGCAGAUGUUUCUGUUUCCGAACCAAACAAGGCUAAAUACCAACAGGCUCUUGACCAAGCAUUUUCCAGAAUGGAUAUACAACAAAAGAGCAGCAAUGAUGAGUACAGUGAUGAUGAGGACAGAGCAAUGCAGAAGCGUGAAAUGCUGCGAAGCUGGCUAAAUCGAUUGUUUCGUAUCAAGAUGACGGACGGUCGGAUAUUGAGCGGAUAUUUCGUUUGCACCGAUGCCGAUGCGAAUGUUGUGCUGCAGGGGACGAGCGAAUUCACCGAAAUAGGAGGUGAAGAACGUAUUCUUGGGCUGGUUAUGAUACCGGGCCGUUACAUUGUUUCGAUAGAAGAACGCAAUCCACCCGUUUUAUGGUAACAAUCAAAA